GCCUGCUGGAGGAGGAGAUACGCAUCAUAUAUACCUAACCAACAGUCUUUCUGGAUCACUCUGCUGGUAGGAACCGAUCACGGGGCACGUGCGUGCAGUCGAUACGCCGGAGCGCUGUGAGUCGUGGACUAACUGCGGGGCGCUUGCGGGAAUACGAGGAGCAUCUCUGCACGAGAGGGAAUAAAUCUAGUUUUCCUGUCCGUCUCCACACAGACUUUGAUUUAGAGGGCAUUUAUUUGGUGCUAAAAGUGAGAGAACGAUAUCAGGAAAGAUGUUACCGACGACAUUAGGGGGUUAGAGGUGCUGAGGUUCAUCCCAUCACUGAAUAUGGAGUAAAUUCCCACGUCUUCUCUAAUUUUGACUCGGAAUACAGUGAACGGGAGCGCGUCACGAUUAUACGUCUCACAUUCAAGGGAGAAAUCAUUCCAUUCACAAGCAAUUGGAUGAGAGUCAUACUUGCCCUUGGCAACUAAAGAUGACGUUACUAUGGAAACGACUUGUGGUGCUAUCAAUCAUUGGCUGCCUCGCAGUCUCAUCAGCACAUGCAGAAGACACAAAGUUUCUUGGUCCAAGCUGGAAAAAGGAACCCGAAGAUCUGAGACUGCCCAUCCACUCUCCUGAGCAGGAGGCUGUUUUAACCUGUGAGGCAUCGGGAGUCCCUUCCCCUCAGUACAGAUGGUCUCUAAACGGAACGCUCAUUGAUCUUCUUGGUGACGAGAGGCGUCACCAGUCUGGGGGUAACCUGAUCAUUACCGGCCUGGAUCGGGACCAAGACAGCGGUGUCUACCAGUGCACUGCCUCCAACACCCGGGGAACCAUUCUCAGCCAGAGAGCCACACUACAGUUUGCAUAUCUGGAAAGCUUCAAAACGCAGACAAGAAGUGCUGUGAAUGUGAGGGAAGGCCAAGGGGUUGUUUUGUUAUGUGGCACACCUUUGCAUUCCGGUGAGCUCACAUUCACCUGGGUCUUCAAUGAGUACCCUCACUUCGUCCAGCAAGACAGCCGGCGCUUUGUAUCCCAAGAGACGGGGAAUCUCUACAUAGCUAAAGUGGAAACGUCCGAUGUUGGGAAUUACACCUGCGUGGUUAAUAACACUGUUACCAAGGAGAGGGUGUUCAGUUCGCCAACACCUUUAGUUCUGAGAAAUGACGGCGCGAUGGGAGAGUACGAGCCUAAAAUAGAGCUUCAUUUCCCCGACACCAUUCCAGCUGCUAAAGGAUCCACGUUGAAGCUAGAAUGCUUUGCCUUGGGAAAUCCAGUUCCCAAGAUCAGCUGGAGAAGAACCAGUGACGUUUCAUUCCCAAACAAAGUCAAACUGAAAAAUUCUAACGCCAUUCUGGAGAUUCCAAAUUUUCAACAAGAGGACACAGGGACAUAUGAGUGCAUAGCGGAAAACAGUCGCGGAAAGAAUGCUGCGAGAGGUCGUGUGUCUUUCCAUGCCACACCUCAUUGGCUGCAGACGAUGAUGGACACAUCAUUGUCCAUUGAGGAGAAUCUGUUUUGGGAGUGCAAAGCCAAUGGGAAACCAAAACCCUCAUACAGCUGGCUGAAGAAUGGAGAAACUCUUAUAUCAGAGGGCCGAGUGCAAAUAGAGAACGGCGCUCUCUCCAUCUCCUCGCUAAACCUCUCAGAUGGCGGGAUGUAUCAGUGUGUGGCAGAGAACAAGCACGGCAUCAUUUAUUCUAGCGCCGAACUGAUGGUGCUUGCCUCUGCUCCCAGCUUCUCCCAGAAUCCUUUGAGCCGAGUGCUUAAGGCUCGCUCGGGUAGUGACGUUAGCCUAGAUUGCAGGCCACAUGCUUCGCCCAGAGCCAUUAGCCUGUGGAAAAGAGGGACCGAGAUACUGCAAAGAAGCGAACGGAUUUCUCUCUUCCCAAAUGGGACUCUUAAGAUUGCCAACGUAACUAAGCGAGAUGGAGGUAGUUACACAUGUAUCGCUAAAAACCAGUUUGGCACAGCUAGCACAACAGGAAGACUGAUAAUCACAGAGCCCACAAGGAUCAGCCAGGGCCCCAGCAGCACAGAGAUCACGGUGGGUGAGAGCAUCGUGCUGCCCUGCCAGGUGACUGCCGAUCCAGCCUUGGACGUGGCCUUCUCCUGGGCCUUUAACGGUCAGCCCAUUGAUUUCCAUCAGGACGCCGACCACUUCGAGCGAGUGGGAGGGAGCUUUUCCGGUGAUCUUAUGAUUAGAAACAUCCAGCUUAAUCACGGUGGGAAGUACGUUUGUCUCAUCGAUACAGACGUCGAGAGUUUGUCUGCUGACGCAAUAUUGGUUGUUAAAGGUAGGAACAAAUUGUUUUCGGUUUAUAUGUCCACAUGCACAAUAUUUGCCGUCUGCGCCCAUUUUCCUGAGGUGAUCAAUGGAAACACUCUGACUGCAACCGUGGUGGGUUUGAACGCUUGGGUGGAAUAUGAGUUCAGAGUCCUGGCCAGUAACAGUGUCGGGAUGGGAGAGCCCAGUCCCCCGUCUACCAAGAUCAGAACAGAAGAUGCUAUGCCUGACACGGCUCCCACUGAUGUCGGAGGCGGAGGAGGUACCAAAUCGGAAUUAGUGAUAACAUGGGAGCCUGUUCCAGAGGAGUUGCAGAACGGAGAGGGCUUCGGUUAUAUCAUCGCUUUCCGGCCAGUGGGAAUGGUCACUUGGACCCGAGCCGUGAUCUCGGCACCCAGCGUCACCCGCUACGUUUUCCGAAAUGACACCAUCCCACCGUUCUCACCAUUCAACGUCAAAGUGGGAGCGUUCAACAACCGUGGAGAAGGACCUUUCAGCAGUAUUGCAACAGUGUUCUCUGCAGAGGAAGUGCCGAGCGUAGCGCCAGAGAGAGUGUCAGCAAAAAGUCUGUCGGCGGCCGACAUCGAAGUUACCUGGGAGCCGAUUGCAUCGACCCCUGAAAGAGUUCUCGGAUAUGAGGUGGUGUACUGGGAAGAUGACACCAAGCCGGAUACAGUGGGUAAAGUGCGGAUCACUGGAAACUACACAGCAGUGAAUGUCAGCGGCCUGCAAGGGAACACUCAGUAUUAUCUAGCGGUGUGUGCCUUCAAUACUGCAGGAACUGGCCCCCAGUCUGUACCUGUCAAUGUUACCACCAAAAAACCACCGCCUGGACAGCCCCCUCAGAAUGUAGAGUGGAAUCUGAUUGGCUCUCAGCUCGUGCUGCAGUGGGAUCCCGUCAUCGCUCUCGAAACUGAAUCUGAGGUCACGGGAUACAUAGUGCUGUACAGAAGACACCGGAAUAACGACAUGUACUCCAUCAUCACCAACAAAACCUCGGUUGAGUUGACCCUCAAUCCGAACGACAACUACGUCAUUCAGAUCAAGACCCUCAGUGAAGGAGGCUUGGGGGAAGGAAGCGAGCCCAUCCACAUUCACCAACUCAGCAUGGGUGCCCGUGGAUCCAGAGCAGGAAGGCUGUGCACACUUUCUCUCUCUCCACUCCUCAUUUGCGCUCUGUCGACGCUCAGUGCCUCCUGAUGUUCGCCUCCCAUGAGCACCAGACCCAACCACUCCAAGAAAAAAUACACUUUCUGCUCUUUGCUCAUACAAGGCUUAUGUUUCCCAUCACAAUCUGACCAGAUGGGAUUCCCCAGCUCUGGCAACAUGUAUGGAAGAGCCGGAUAUUGAAAUGUCAUGGGAAUGUUGGGGAAUUCAUCAUUAGUAAACAUGGCAGAGCCCUGCAAGAGAGUCAUUAGGGUUUUGGGGAUGAUCUAGAGUACUGUAAAAAAAAAAACAUCCAGGA